AGAUUUUAGCACUUCGAAACUUUCUGAUUGGGCUUGAUUUCUAAACGUUGUCACACUAGUAAAAGUGUCACGUCUGAUUUCUCUUUAGCGAGUCAGCUGAUAGAUCUGACACCGGACAGGGCUACAGGCAGGAUUUUAGAAGUCCAAAUUCACAACACCAUCCACAUGGGGAAUGUUUGACAAGGUACCAACCAAACUCUGUACAAUUUUCUGAGCAUUUAAAAAAAACACACAUUUCAAAUAAUUUGUAUUCAGUCAAGUCCCAUUAAUUGUAAUUUAUUUUUAAAAACACCUGUUUAGUCUAAAAAAAUAAAAAUAAAACUAAAUAUUAUGACACUUAUGACUCAUAUUGUCAUGACUUCAUCUUUUUCUUUUUUCUUAAAGUUUGAAAGCCUCGUCCUUCUUCCGAGGCUGCAAGCUGGUGCUGUUGCAGUUGUUGCUGUGAACAUGCAGGACUGAGAGGCAUUAGGAGAAUCUGGAGCAUUACGUCAUGUUAGCAGACCCCCACCACCACCCACCCCCCACCUUUGUGCAGCAUCCGAGCUCUGAUUGGUCCUUCACCCAGUGGCCUAUAAAGCCCAUUGGCUGAUCCCGAGUCAGCUGCUGCGGACCUGACGGAGGACAGGAGAGGGAGGGAGGGAUGCUUCAGAUAAAAGCGGCAGCAGCAGGACUCAUCUGGAUCAACAAAUCCCGAAUAAACCAGAGAACCUCCCGCUUCUGCCGGACCCUGUGUGUUUCUGCCGGACCCUGUGUGUUUCUGCCGGACUCUGUGUGUUUCUGCCGGACUCUGGCCGGCCUGUGGUCCCGCUGCGGCUCGGAGCAGGAGGAGCAGGAGGAGCAGGAGGAGCAAGCUGUAGAUGUGACUCGCCUCCCUCUGACCUUCUGGAGGAAGUUGUCACCACAAUUAUCCAACACUUCCUCUCUGCUCCGCCCCCAGUGCACCAUGGGAUUAGCAGUCCUUCUCAUUCCCGUCCUCUCCCUGGUGACAUCUUCAGUGUGUGCUGGAGUGGGUGGGGCCAGUCAAGGUGGCGCUGUGCUGUGUCCUCUGCAGUGUGUGUGUGAGACGAGGCCCUGGUACACCCCACAGUCAGUGUAUCACCAGGCCAGGACGGUCGACUGUAAUGAACUCCAUCUGCAGAGAGUGCCAGCCAACGUGUCAUCUGACACACAGGUGCUGCUGCUGCAGAGUAACAACAUCUCCUCCAUCACCAUUGAACUGCAGAGUCUGACCAACCUGACAGAACUGGACCUGUCACAGAACCACUUCACACAGGUGAGCUCUAUGGGUCUCUCCUCUCUGGGCCGCCUGGUGACUCUGUACCUGGAGGAGAACCGGAUAGAGGAGUUGGAGGACUUUAGUCUGAGGAACCUGUCCAGUCUGGAGGAGCUCUACAUCAACCAUAACCGCAUCUCCUCCAUCGGACCCAAAGCCUUUGCUGGGCUCACCAACUUGCUGCGGCUCCACCUGAACUCCAACCGGUUGGUGGCCAUCGACAGUCGCUGGUUUGAGUCCCUGCCGUCCCUGGAGAUCCUGAUGAUCGGGGAGAACCCCAUCCUGGGUCUGGAGGAGAAGAACUUCCUGCCUCUGUCCCACCUCCACAGCCUGGUGCUGGCUGGGAUGGGACUGGCCUCCGUCCCCUCUGCCGCCUUCCUGGGCCUCGACUACCUGGAGAGCCUCUCCUUCUACGACAACCGGCUCAGGUCUGUUCCUCGGGACGCACUGAGCAUGCUCCCUAACCUGAAGUUCCUGGACCUGAACAAGAACCCGAUCAGCCGAGUCCAGCAGGGAGAUUUCCAGAACCUUCAGCACCUGGAGGAGCUCAGUCUGAACAACAUGGAGGAGCUGCUGAUGGUGGAGCGAGCUGCUUUCCAGAACCUUCCAGAAAUCGCCAAACUGGAGCUCUGCAACAACCCACGACUGUCCUACAUCGACCCGCAGGCCUUCAGUGACCUGUCCUCCCUCCGGACUCUCCUCCUCCAUAGUAACCAGCUCAGCCUCCUCUCUGGAGACCUCCUCUCCUCCCUCCCCUCCCUGGAGGAGGUGUCUCUUCACUCCAACCCCCUGCGAUGUGACUGUCUCUCCUCCUGGGGGCCUCACCUCGGCAACCAAUCACAUCUCAAGAUGCUGGAGUCCUCCGUCACCCUCUGCUCCACCCCGCCUCACCUGAUUGGUCGGGAGCUCCAGGAGGUGGUAGCGGUGGCAUGGGGCGGGGCCGACGGCGGCGGGGGUGGGGCCAACAGCUGCCUGCCUCACAUCUCUCCUCAGGCCUUCCCACCUGCCAUGAACGUCAGCGCCGGGCAGCCAAUCACACUGGAGUGCUGGGCGGACGCUGACCCCGCCCCCCAGUUCUACUGGGUGACGCCCACUGGAGACAAGGUGAGCUCAGAGGCGGUGGCUGCACCAAUCAUAUCAGAGGAGGGGCGUGGCCUGAGCAGGAAGAAGAAGAAGAAGCAUUGCGUGUCGGCGCCGGGAGCGUUGGUGAUCGAACACGCGGAGCCGUUAGACGCAGGUGUGUAUACCUGUGUAGCGUGGAACAUGGAGGGAGCAGACACGAAGAGUGUCUCAGUGUUUGUGGACUCUGUCGGGGGGAACCGGUGGGGCGCUGAGCCCAGCAGAGAGCAGCCCUGGCUGGGGAACUCGUCCGGCGCUGCAGCCUCUCUGGUGGUGCUGGCUAAGGUGGUUCACGCCCAGUCGGUGGUGUUGGAGUGGAAGUUGUAUCCCAGCGGAGGACCUUCGUCUGUGGGUCAGAACCAGCAGGACGCCCCCCUCCCUCUGCCCCGGUGGACCAGUGCCACUGUGCACAUUGAGAACCCUCAGAUCAGCUACAGGGCCAAGGUUCCAGUAGAUGUUCAGGAGUAUAAUCUGACUCACCUCCUUCCUGCCACAGAGUACCACGUCUGCCUCACCGUCUCCUCCUCUCCUCCCUCCCCCGCCUCCCCCUCCUCGUCUCCCAGCUCCACCCCCACCCCCAUCUCCCCCUCCUCCCCCUCCCCCUCCUCACCCAUCCACACCUCCUGUUUGAAUGUCACCACUAAGGAGGCGGGUUUCUCGGUGGAGAUGGUGGCGUCACGGCGCAGCAGCGUGGCGUUGGCGGCCGUCAUGGGCUCCAUGUUCGCUCUGUCCAUCAUGGCGCUGCUGGUGGUCUACAUGGGCCGCCGCGUGCAGCAGCACAAGUCCUGCGGCCACUCGCUGAAGAAGUACAUGCAGCACGCCAUGUCCAUCCCUCUGAACGAGCUGUACCCGCCGCUCAUCACGCUGUGGGAGAGCGAGGCCGAGAAGGACAAAGACGACAAGGAGGAAGAGAGCGAGGCAGGAGAGAGGGAGGAGGAGGCAGGGGGGAGUCAGAUCGACACGACGAAGACGUACAUGUGGUAGCUGGAGGAGGGGGGAGGAGGGGAGGUUUUCAUCAACAGAAAAACAGACAUCAAAGGAGGGUUUAUGGAGGGACGAGGAAGGACAGAAGAGAAAAUGGAUGGAUGAAAGUUACCAGCAAAGAGAGAGGUCAUGUGACUCAAUGAAGAGCCUGACAGACAAACAGAUGGGUAAACAUUUCUAAAAUGUGGAUAACAAACACAUCUGGCUGCUGAGAAAGAGAGGGAGGAGAAAUGAUGGAGAGACGGUCUGAAUGACUGAACAACAGGUGGAUAAAAACAGCGACGAGCCUUCAGCCCAAAACACGACGUCCUUCACUUUCAAGGAGCCUUCUGCUGCUUUAUUCAUGUUUCAGCCCGUUAAUUACAAACCUGAUCGUCGUUUUCCAAAUCGUCCAUCAGUUUUCAGACUGAUUUCCUUCUUUCCAGGCAGCCAUAGAAAUCAUUUCAUUUUAAUUUCUAUGAAAUUUUCCAAAUUUGUCUGAAUGGUAGCGAACAAGCUAUUAUAAAAACAGUCUCAUUCAUUCUUGGUCUUUACUAAAACUAGACUACAAAAUAAAUGACUUUCAGUCGACUAAAAAAAGACUGAAAUAAAAAGGAUGAGGUUGAGUAAAUAGGACUAAAGCAAUCACUGACUUUGACUAAGACUAAAUCUAAAAAUAGCUGACACAUUAAUAAUAAAUGCGCCAACAAUGGCAGUGAAGAAGAAGAAGACUGCAACUUGGAAACAUGGACGUAAACAGUGCAGGUUUCAAACUUUUAAGAAAAAUCGGCUUUAAUAAAUAAUAAUAAAUGUUUUAUGAGGAAGGAAAAACAUUCAGCACGUUUGUUAGACCUCAAGGAUCCAAACAAUGAAUGGAAACAGAAACUUUGUUUACAAGAAAACAUUUUUACUUUUACUUAGUUUUGAGAUCAAAAAUACAAAACAAAAAAUUAUUUUUCAAUAUUUCCUCAACUCUUGAUGCUCCUGCUACCUGCUCACGACUUCACUUUACUUUAUUGUAAAAUAUCAAACAAAUGCUUUUACUAUCACUUAAGAAUUUUAGUGCUCAGAACUUUAACUUUACUUUUUACUUACAUUUAAGUUAAAGGUAAAAAUAUCAAACUCUCAGAUGAGUGCUUUUGCAAUGCUUGUUUACUUUAGGGCUCAGAACUUUUGGGUACUUUUCUCUGUAAAGGACUUGGUCAACAAAUAAAAAUACAUUUAAAUAAUUAAAUGAAAAUAAAUAUAUAGAAAAGUAUAACAGACACUGACUGAGAGAUCUGUGAGAAGAUAAAAUCAGAUUUUAAUAUUCUCGUGAGAUGGGAUUCAAAAGUAAGCAGGAUUUGUGGUUUGUGGGCUGAAAUAUAAAAACACCAGCAUGUUUCUGUCUUGUGUUCUUUUUAUUCUGUCUCCAUCAAACUAGGUUUCUUCUCUCACAGCUUCAGUUAUUAUUCAGUCAAAGCUGGGCAGCUGGAUGACAAAGACAUUAACGGUGGAUUUGUUGUCACUCAGAUCUGUGUCUCAAACUGCGGGUCAGGGCUGGUAAUUGGUGUCUCGACUCUUCCUCCAGAUGUCUAAAUGUUUCUCCAUCUCUUCUGUCCUCUUCCCUCUGUCUCCUCUCUGUAAGCACACUGACAGUAGCUGUACUGUUAAAAAAAAAAACCUGAUUGUUGAAAUUUAGUUUAUCUGAUGAACAUGACUGCAGCACUAACACUUAGCACAGGCAGCCAUAUGGGAGAUUUCACUUUAAAACGUUUUCAGAGUAGCACUUAGUGGUCCCGUAUUCAAAUCUCCUGUUUUUCUGGACAGAAAGUUCACACAUUUCAAAGCUAUUUAAAGAAAAUAAUGUUGAAUUAAGCUUCAAUGAACAGACGGGACGUCCACUCCUUCCCUCCCUUUUGUCAUGGAACCGUUCGCUGCAACUCAAACAUCCAAAACACACCAAAUACAUCAAACUGUAUGCAGACGACAUCAUAUUUUACAGACAGGUCUAUUCCAACAGCAAGUUACAUCAGGUACAGAAACAAGCUUUUCAAGUCUUUCUUUUAACGUUACAGUUGUGACAUACAUUUAGAAAUGACGCAUCCCACUUAAAUUACAGAAGUUACGUAAGACAUAAAACACAAAUGAUUCACCAUUUCUGAUGAAGAGAAAAGGCAUUUUGUGUUAAGCUGCGUAAUCUUCUGGAGCCAAAAGCAGGACUCAGACAAAGGCUCUGUAACAGUUCAAAUGUAUUUAUUCACAAGACAACACAGGUUAGUCUGGAUACAAAUAGUCACGAGAGAACAACAAACGGUAGCCUCGACCACAUAGGCAAACUGAACGAUCUGGACCUGGAGAGCCGGGGUUUAUGCUGCAGACAGACAGGGGACGAACAGGAAACACCAGUAAAGGGAGGGAACAACUGGAGACACCACGACUGAGGGAGGGGCGGAGCCUGAACAUGACAGUUUGUCAGUUGCUUAAAUUAGAAUAUCAAAGACAUUAAUGUUCGUCUUCAAAAGCAGCCAAGGGUUUGUUGGAUACGGUGACACGUCGGGUGUCAUCUGUAUUAGCGUUCAAAAUGUGUCUUAACUAACGGAAGAAAGAUGAAAAUCACCAAAACAUGACAUCAGAGGUUUAGGCUCAUGAUCGCUGGUAGCACAUUGCUCUUUGAAAAACACAGAAUGUUGUAUAACGACACUUUUGAAGAAAAAUGAAAAUUGCGUUAUUGUCUAUGUUAAAAAUGACACAUAAAGAUAAGCAGGAGGAUGCUCCUCCUUCUUGUUGUCUUACAGUAGUUCGAAGUGUAAAACUGUUUCACAGUUCUGCUGCCGGUUUCUGUGAUACGCUUCCUGUUUUCCAGCCUGUGCGAUCAGGGAUUCAGUCUGCUCAUUCAGUCACUUUCAGUUCAGCUUCCAACCAAACAAACAUCUGAAUACGGGACCUUUAAUCCUCCAGAAACUUCACUGUCUUCACCCGCACAGCAUGAAUGCAUUACUAUUACAUUUGAUUCUAUUUGUUCUGCAUUACCAGCGUGCACAGUGGUUGUCAUGGCGACAGUCCUCCUCCUGCAUCCAUCCUGCUUCAGUGUGUCGUCCUGCAGCAGGAUGGAGUCAGUCACUGACUGUUCCAUCCAUGUGAAGAACUUUAUCGACACCCUCUGCACGGACACUCACUGUGGCCCCGUUGUGCGAAUGCAGAGUUAUAAUCUCGGACUGUUUUGUAUCCUGUAACACUGAGGUCUUUGGGGUUUGUUGGGUUUUUAGCUGUUGAUGACGUUGCACUGGGAGGUGGAGGUGGGUGGUGCUGCAUGCCUUUGCACUCAUAUUUAGGACUGUUUGUAUAAAACCACGUCUGCGUGACAACCUGCAAACUGGAGGAGCGUUGGGUUCAGUCUGGAAGAAUUCCAAUAUUACACAAUGAAUCUAAAUGUCCCGAACGGAAAGACGCUGUUAAUAAAGGAAUUCUUCUUCUUCUGCUUUCACCAAAGAUAAAGACAGACAUUAGCUCAUAAUUAUGACUUCAGCAUCAUCAAAAGAUAAUAAUUACAGUAAUACAUAAUUAUAAGUUAAGGAUGUCAGAAUUACACAACUACGAGACGAAAGGUCAGAGUUGGGAGGAAGUCAUAAUGACAGGGUUCAUGUCUUGUUAUGGGAGAUAGUUUUCUCAGAAGUGUGAGAUAAAGAGCUCCUAUUGGUGGGGACACUUCAGCAGCGCCUGUAGGAACGUGUCUCCACCGUCAUACCGAACUCUACGCCUUUGGUUUUCUCGUUAUUAAGAUUUUUUUCUUUGGUCAAACUUACUUUUCUCAUGUUACAGUUGGUCUGGUCUCAUUAUUUUGAGGGUUUUCUCAUAAUUUUGAAAUUCUGAUCUCAUAACUAAUGAGAUAUAAUGACAUCAGAAUUAUGAGAUUGUCAGUUUUUCUGUUUUUCUCUGUUUUAUAUCUCCGGAAACUGAAUAUAUUUAACUGUCGGACAAAACAAGACAUCUGAAGACGUCAGCUAAUCGCUGGGAUUCUUCUUCUCCUUUCAUCCAAAAGCUGUCCGGCUGUAGAAACUGUUUCCUCAACAGUUUAAAGUCUUUACGAAUAUCCUUCCCACACUGCGAGGCAGAAGCAUCUCGUGCUGAUGCUGUCUGAUCCAUCAGUUUGCAGGUUUGUUGUUCAGACUUUUAGCCAAAUAUUUCCUCAACUGUCUGUCAACCGAAACACUUCAGGAACAAACACCCAAAGGAUGCUCUGGGCAUUUCAAAGAAUAUAUACUGUAUAUACACACAUUAUAUGCUGUUAGAGGUUUCUUUGGUUCUCUGGUUGCAGCGUCUCCAGUGGGAGGACAUCCUGUUUUAUAUCUCAGAGAACUGAAUCUGAACUGUUUGCAGAUGUGUGACUUUUAGUUCUGUUUUCAGCUACAAAGCUUUAAGGCUUUUAUAAUGUUAAGACAUGUGGACGUCUGACUGCUGGAGUGUCUGAUUCUUUCCUUUGAGCUUUAAGCUUCAUUCUUGACCUUGGAAAUGGCAGUUUAGCAAAACACAACGUUCACUUGGUGUUUCUGAAGCUUUCCUGCACAAAUACCAGCUGUCGUCAUGUGACCCACAAACUUUGAGGAAGACUACAAGAUGUAGCUGAAAGCUUCAGAAAAUCAGAGUAAGUUGGAUGUUGUGUUGAGAAUUUCCUUUCCCUUUGUUUUCCCUCUUGAAAAACCUCAAAAACACUCUGCAGAAGGUUUUUAAAAGAUGAUUAUUGAUCUGAUUUCAUUAGAACUGAUCAUCAGUCUGAACCUUCAGAGUUCGGUGUGGAAACACGCCCUCCGGUGGCCGUCAGAGUGAACAACCAGGAACAAUCACACCACACUGCUCUUCUCAUUCACAUUAAACUUGACAGUAAUAUGCAGGGUAUUUUGUAUAAAGUGUAUCGCUCUAUAUUUGAAGACAACUAUCGCUUAUAUUAUUAUUAUUGUUAUUAUUAUUAUUACUCAACACUGAGCACCAACUGUAACUAAAGAUGUGUGUGUAUGUGUGUGUGGGAGGGGAAGAUAAUAUAAAUACACACUUUGUCACUAUA